CAGCCAUUGUCAACCCACAACAAGCUAGAAAGAGGAAGAGGACAGUCGUGCUGCGAGACAACAGAGGAAAUUAUGAUUUGUUGUAAAAACAUUUCAGGUUUAUUGUUAUAGAUGUAACAGUCCGUAGCGAUUACUUUAUAUUUUGUGCACCUUAUCGCGGGGACCCAGCUCGGCAAUAAAUAAGCAGUAUUUGAUUUCUACUCCCCUGAUGUCUGCUGAGGCAUCUGGUUCGUCUGGUGGGAAUGUGGUGACUGUGUCCGGUUCUGCCCCAUCGUUCUCCAGCCAUGUUGGGGAAGGAAAGGCUGACAGGAGCCUGGCAGGGAGUAAGUACGUGAAGCUCAAUGUUGGGGGAACUCUUCACUACACCACCGUCCAGACACUCAGCAAGGAGGACAGUCUGCUCAGAAGUAUUUGUGAUGGGAGCACUGAGGUCUCCAUUGACUCUGAGGGCUGGGUGGUGUUAGACAGAUGUGGGAGACACUUUUCCCUGGUACUGAACUUCCUGCGGGACGGGACAGUUCCUUUGCCGGAGAGCACACGGGAGCUGGAGGAAGUGUUGAAAGAGGCGCAAUACUACAGGCUCCAGGGUCUUGUACAGCACUGCCUCACCACAUUACAGAAACGCAGGGAUGUCUGCAGGGGUUGUCACAUUCCUAUGAUCACUUCAGCCAAAGAGGAACAGAAAAUGAUAGCCACCUGUAGGAAGCCUGUGGUGAAACUGCAGAAUAACAGAGGGAACAAUAAAUACUCCUAUACCAGCAACUCUGAUGAUAACCUUCUGAAGAACAUCGAGCUGUUCGAUAAGCUGGGGCUACGCUUCAAUGGCAGAGUGCUGUUUAUUAAAGAUGUGUUGGGAGAUGAGAUAUGCUGCUGGUCUUUCUAUGGCGAGGGGCGCAAGAUUGCUGAAGUCUGCUGCACCUCCAUUGUUUAUGCCACUGAGAAGAAGCAGACCAAAGUUGAGUUUCCAGAAGCUCGUAUCUUUGAGGAGACUCUCAACAUUUUGAUCUAUGAAAAUGGGCGAGGUUCGGGAGGCAUGGCCCUGCUGGAGUCAGGGGGCGUCUCGUCACCAGGUGUGGGUCAGUCGGAGGAGGAAGGGGCGGGGGUAGGGGGUGGGGAUAGGCGGGUGAGGCGUAUCCAUGUUCGGAGGCACAUUAUGCAUGAUGAAAGGGGUCAUGGACAGCAGACUGUCUACAAAGACUGAAUCAGAAUGGUACACAGAUGUGCUGAAUCAUGCAUGUGAAAAAUGGUUGAGAAAAGAAAAACAACUUUGGUAUGUUUAAUACUGCACUGAAAUGGGAGGGGUGGGGGCUAGUUUAGAAAUAAUACUGAAGUUGCCACAGUGUGGCACAGUUUUGUUUAUUUUUCUGUGAGAUAAAUUUACAUUUUAUCUUUUUUCAUUUUUUGUUAAUUUAUUAUUCGUUUAAUUUAUUGUCCAGAAUUUUCAAUGUGACAUAAGUUGUGUUUUUUUAAGGUUCUGAUUUGUUUGUAUGGGCCAUGUGAAAGUUUAUCUUUCAGUGUUUAAUAGUAAACUGUGAUGUACGCUGACUUGAGGUGUUAAGAAUGAUGAGAGGUACAUGGGGGCGCCAUGUUGCAUAGGACUGUCAGAUCUUCUGGGAAACUGACCAAAUUUGGGCAGCUUGUUGUUGCAGCCAUUGAUAGCAGGGAUCCAGUUUUAAACAUAAUUUUUUUUUUUUAAGACAAAUAGAAAGCUUAAGUAAAUAAUUUUACACAACUGUGCCUCACAAUUUGGUACGUACAAUUUGCAUGGGCAUGUUAAACAAUAUUUCUAAAACUAAUAUUGUUAUUGUUUAAAAAGAAAAUGAUCACUGUUUCUAACAUGAUAUUACUGAAUACACACAGCAAUGGGUUAGACGCAUCAGUAGGAUUGAAAUACUUCCAGCACUAAACAAUGUUAUAAUUUUAUUCCAAAUAAUUUCUAGACAAAGAUGGCGAAUGGCAUGAUGACAGUAGUUUCCACUAAGUUACAAACAACUUCACAAAACAAUGUUUUAUUGACCAAUGUAAGCCAUACAUGUAUGCACUCACUGUCCUAGACCAAAAAACACCUCUUCAUUCUGCCAAUUAAACUAGUAACGUUAUGUGGAAUGCCGUCCAAAUAUUGACUUGGAAUUUUAAUCAAAUUGAAUUAAUAUUCUAUUAACAUUUUCAAUAAAAAUGCUUUUUGGUAAAA